AUGGAAGAAACCAGCGAAGAACUGCCCAAUUUUUCUAUCGACAUUAACCUUUUAGGUCUUGAUCCAACAAGCAACAAAAAUAAAACCGAAAGACAUUCGCUGGGAACCAAAAAAGGUCACCAAUCGGUCAAUAACAACAUUGCAAGGUAAAAUUUCCGUUUUUGUUGUUGUUUUUUUAAAUUUGUUCCACCUAAUAAUAAAGUAAACAGUUGUUGAUUGGGAAUUUACCAAAACCAAAACAAUCAAGGCCGCAAAAAAUCUAAAUGCGACAAACGAAACAACAAAUUAGUCACACUUUGUCUCAAAAUUAAAUCUCUUUUCUCUUAGAAUUUAGCUCGGUGGAAGGAGAAAAAAUCCAGACACAGCUGAAACGUUUGUCGCCGGGCCGACUAAUCGCACGACACGUCAGUCCGGUACUUUCUUCUUAACAGGUUCGGCAUUCUUAAUCGCUUAUUUCUAUACAGAUCAAUACUACCAAACUAUUUCGUUUGAAGCAUGCCUACUUCCGUUUACGCGUGGUCGUGCUCUAUGACAAUUUCUCAACAUAAUGAUGACUACUUCAUUUGCUCUGAUAUUAAUAGAAGCUGUUAUCAUUGUCUGUGUUCUGGCAUCCUUUCAAGCAUCGCGUUUACAACAGAUAUUUCUUGUAUGAUAUUAUAGAAACAACAAGUCUCGAUAAGAACGCAAUUAGAAUAAUUUAUUAGGAAGGAACUAGCUAACGAGCACACCAUGUUCGGUGAAAGACACCAAUACUCUCGAAAAUGUUUUUUUCACCUUUUUUUUUAAUUACUCGGCUCUCUGGAUCCAACACACAAUUCCACUAAAAUUCAAGUUUAUUUCAAGUUGUGUAACUGUUGUUAAUCUCUAAGGUUCUCACACUCUGAUUCUCACUGAAUUCUUCUUCUUCAACUACAGAAGUUUGACUCCACUCUUCUGCACUAUGUCUUCAUUUUCCUAGUCUGCUUUCCUCUCUCUUCUCUCCACUCUCCUGAGUAAGCUACAAAGAAAAAGCUUUAAUAGUCACUACUGACAGAUGUAGGUGGGCAUGCCAGCCAGCUGACCUUGGGAGAGAACUUUUUUUGUUGUAACACUAAACCAAACAAUUUCACGAGACUUUCGAAAUGAGCAAUGAACAAUGCGGUCGUUCAACAGAGUAAACCUCUGAUUGUGUCAGCCAAAACAUAAACUUCCGCGUGGGUCCAAAGCAAGGUCAGUAAGCAAACUAAUCACGCCCACCUAAAGAAGUUAGACGAGACUGUCACAAGUCGGAAAUUCGUCCCGUCAGCUUAAACCUAAAUAACAUCGGAAUUCGAGUUGACACGUUAAAUACACUCUAAAUAGAAACGAAAGAUAAAAUCAUUAAAUCAGUUCUAGCUUCUUGAGUGCUCUCCAAACUUCCCAAGUGCUUCAUAUCUCGAUGAACGCACACCGGACGUAUGAACCAAUUGUUUUAUAACAUUUUCAACCCGAUAGAAAUUUUUUUUCUUUCUCGAGGGAUUUGUUUGUUAACGUCAUGAGCGUGCACAAUAGGAAUAUGAAGCACGCUCACGCAAUUUAACUUGAUUAGACAAAUUUACUAGCUAUGUUAACUAAAUGACGAACUAAUUAUCAACUGGCAGAAUAAUUCAUAACAAAUUUAUUUUAAUAACAUGCCAGAUUUUUCUAUCGCCACCAAAGUUAUAGACAGACGCACGUCAGCAAUUUUUCUGCAUUAUAAUAUUACAUCGAACACUUCAAUCCAAAUCACCUCGUAGUAAUCAUUACACAAUACGCCGCGGUUACUUUUGCAGUCCAAAAUGCGGAUUUAAAUGGAAUAAAUACCUUGCGGUUAAAAUUUUUUUUGCCAAAUUUUCAAUACAAACCGUGGUGUUUUAGAGGUUUCCCAAAAUCAUGUUGAUUUUGUAGAUAAUGAAAUAAUUGCACGGGCGGAGGUAUCCUUUAUGGUGAUGUUCAAAGCUCCGCCCGCAUUAUCUGACGAUAAUUUCAAGUUAUUCACCGAGUAAAACUACUUUCUUUACUUUCGCGAUGUUUCUAGUUCAACGAAAGACUUAUACAAUAAAGACCUUUGCUUAAGAACUCAAGUGGCUUAUUACCUUUAUGCGCGCCAAGAGAAACUGCUGGUUCACCUUUUUUUUUUCCGUUUUUACCCGGUAUCCGCUGCAAAUGGAUUUCUGGAUUAGGAAAUACUCACGCGAAAACUAUUUGCGAUCAAAACAAAAAUGUUCAAAUAGUCUUUGGGUGCAUUUUUUUUUCAUGCGUUUGAUCACAGUCCAGACGACCUUUUGAACGGUCAGCUGAAAUCUUCACCGUUCUUUAAUGUCAAUGAAUAAUGGAUCUCAAUAAAAGUACCAUGAAUUUUGCAUUUGGUCAUAAGAAGUUUAAUUACACAAGGCUUGAAAACAGAGGAUUUUUUUUUUUUUUUUUUUUUUUUUUAGAUGGUUUAUUUUAUUUGUUUUCUCUUCAGCCGCUGAGUAAAUGUAUAGUUAUUUUCGCUUUCCAAAGUCUGAAGACUGCGUUUGAUUAAACAACAGCUAAUUAUGGACAUGUCCAAACUUCCAGACAAAUUGAAUAAUGUAAAUGACUCUGUUGUCGAGUUUUCACGAUAUCGGAUAAAGUCAGGUACGUAAUCUAAGGAGAGCACGUGCGCAACUGAAACAAUUCAUUAUCAGGGCGGUAAAUGCAAAAGAUGAUCGCAUGUAACAGAACAAGGUUGAGAGUAAGGAAAUUCUAAAACCGUUCACUGCCUGUAAACUCAUCCUAAUUGCAAAAGCUAGAAACUCCCCGUCAGCGGGAUUGGUCACAUUGGAACCUAAGCCAUAAAAAUAAUAAAGAAAGAAAUAAAGAAAUAAAUAAAAAUAAACAAUGAAGAUAAAAAUAUAUCAUUUGUUGCUUUUAAUAAUUGGAUCGGUUAACAGCCAGCCACGGUGGCUGUGUUUUCAUAUCUCCAUCAUCAUAGUUCGUUAUGGUAAUUAGAGAGGAGCACAAACGCAAAUAAAUCAAUUUUAAGUUAUUUAGCGGAAGAUGCAUGCGUUAUUCGCAUAUGGCAGAACACUCUGCACCUCCUAGCUUGAAUGGAAGGAUAUUCUUCUCGAAACGAUCGUUGGUGGAAAAUUUUAAGAAGAAAAGCCUCUAAGAUCGUGUAACAUAUAAGGCCCUGUCUGGACGAAUGCACAAUAAUGAACUUUAUCGGUGUUUACUUAGCCUCAUCUUACUCUAGAAGGGUUGGAAGAAUUUGAUAAGUUAUGAACAGAGAUAUCUCGUAACGGUCAUUCAUAAAAUUAGAUUAUUACAAGUAGUGAAGGGAAGUAUUAUGCUGAGACAAGAGAUUAUUGGCAGAGAAAAUAGGUCCACCUACCUGUCAGGUAAUAAGAAACAAAUGAGGGUAAAGUCCUAUCAGUUUAUAAAACUUGCCGCCACAUUUUCUGUUUAGUUUCUCACUUUCUUUGUGGUCGCAUAUGCGUGUUGCAUACCUCCAAAGAGUUACGCCCAAAUCAUUACAAUGAGAAGUCCUCAACGACGAAUAUGUAUGUAAUACCGGCUGUUUGGUAAACAAUUUGCAGUGCAUAUAAUUUUCCGCAAACACUGUGGUCAUUUUUGUUUCCAAAUAUAGGACUUUUUGUGAAACAAGUAUGUCAUUUAAUACUAGAACUCUUCAAUUUGAAGAGGCAAACAGUUGUAACAACGUUUAUACCAUGGGGUCUGCAUGUAUAACUUAAUUUUGCAACGUGCAAGAAUUCUCGAGAGGCUUUCUUUUUAUCAUCAAUCAGUCGACUGAGAAAAUAGGUCCACUCACCUGUUAGGUAAUAUAAAACACAUGAGGGUAAAGUCUUAUCAGUUUACAGAGCUUGUCGCCAACUUUUCCUUGUAGUUUCUCAUUUUCUUUUUGGUGGCAUAUGCGUGCUGCAUACUUCCAAAGAGCUACACCCAAAUCAUGACAAUGAGACGUUCUCAACAAGGAAUAGACAUGUUAUUAUCAAGUAUCAUGAGAGUAUAUGGCUGCUUUAUCGUGGCUUUCGUAAUGCUGUGAAAUUCCAGUAUCAGUUGGUUUCGCGCAGACCUUCGUGUCUGAUCAUGUCUGGUCACAUGACGAGUGGCGUGAGCAGCCACUCAGUACUUUUACUCUAUGUAUUUGAUGAUUCAUGUAAUUUUCCAGUUUUAAUUUCAAGUCUAGAAGAUAAUGUCAAACCACCAUUUAUUGACUACCGUUCAAUGACUUGACAGUCGGGGACUGUUUCUGGUAAUCAUCAGUCCAAGAAAGGGAAGUCUGUCGUUGUUCUCAGGUUACAUUGUGAAGCUGAGUGAAGGGUGGAUUUCAUUCAGUGUUGACAAGAAAACAGAGGCAGAUGAAACAUCGGGCAUUUUGCUGAGGUUUUUUGGAACAAGGGGUUUGACGGCACUUUGUUAAGCAGACAUCUUGUUUUGGUUUUCCAAUUUUUCUUCAAUAUGGCACAUAAACGCAUUUGCCAUUAGUGGUCCGAGAGGAGAGCUCAUGGCAACCUUAUCCACUUGCCCGUAAAAAUUUCCGUCGAAUUGGAAAAGGUGUUUUUUUAUGUUUUUUUGUUUUUUUGUUUUUUGUGAUGUUAAGGGCAUAUUUCCUAUUUAGACAGUUGCCUUCAAACGCUUUCUCUGCUAAGAUUUUGAUGCUUCGUUGGCCUCUGUUUUCUUGUCAAUGCUGAAUGAGAUCCACCCUUCACUCAGUUUUACAAUGGAACUCGAGAACAACGGCAAACUUACCUUUCUUGGAAUGAUGAUUAACGGAAAUAGUCCCCGACCAGAAACGAAGGUCUACGCGAAAACAACUGAUACUGGACUUUUAUUGCAUCACCAAAGCCAUGUUGACGAAAAGUACAAACUGUCUCUGCUGAGGAUAAUGCUAAACCGUGCGUUUAGUCUACUCGAACUGGAUUUUUUUCCAUCGAGAAUAUGAACGUCAAAAAAAGGCUUUUGCGUGAGCCGACACUUUCAUCAACGUGUGGAGGAACACAAGUAAUCAAAACUCGGUAAUCAUGUAAAGGACGAGUACGGAAAGGAUCCCGAGACCAUCGAAAAAAAUUUCAAGAUCUAAUCUUCUCAUGAAGAAAGAAACGCUACGAUUUUCCCUUCGAUUUUUCGCCCAUAUGCAUCUCUCUAAACGUGGAAUUUUCCAUUCCUACAAAAAAUAUCGAAAGUCUUUCACAUUUUGUUACCUCUCUUGAUCAAUCAUCUUGUAUAAAGAGCUAAAAAAUGUAGGUAUAUUUGGUCAAGUGACCGCUUAGACCAAGAAUUGCAUAACAGGUCUAGUUGAGAGAAACUUGUCACGUGGCAGAUUUUAAAAGGCAUCCAAUACGAAAAUACGGUAGUGACCUGAGAUUUUUUGAUGAUUUUCAGAAAUGAAAUGAUUGUUUAUAAAGGGGAAUAGAUAUUUGUUGUAGCUUUCUGACAAGGGGAGAUAUUUGACCUCAAAGUUGUCUAAUAUUUGGAUGAAUCGAAAAGUCUAAAAACACAGUCGUUUCUUGGCCUCUGUCGUCGAUCAAAUUGACUGAUACUUGUGGCGAACAUUAAGUAAGGAUGGAAAAAUAUGUGUGCAAACCCUCAAAGUAAUUUGUUGAAUACCAUCGCAGUGAGAGCUUCAUACAUUUAACCUAUUUUGAAGCGAUUUCCUUGGAGAAAACCAAGAAAAACCGGGGGGGUGGUCUAUCUCCCCCCGGAAAAAACCAAAACAGAAACCAGUGUGUCUUUUUGAGUUUUGGGGUAGACCCUUUAAGACUUUUAUCAUCGAGAAUCGCUGGCCAGGCUAAAAAUAUAGAAAUUCUGAAAAGUUGCCUGAAAAAACGCUCUUAGGGAGAUAUAUUAAAAAAAAACAUUUAAAAGUUUGAAAAAUCAAAUGUUUACGAGAAAAUGGGGAAAAACGAAAAUUUGGGUUUUUACCUACUUAUUCAUGCAAAAAUACAGUAAAAUUGACCAACUUUAGUAUGUUAGUACUGAAGGAGGAUGUUUCGUGAGAAAUCGGGGGUGUUUUUACUUCAAAAUAUAAUUCAAUUUAUUUUUAUUUGUGGCACUUUUAGGAGCUUUGGUUUAAUUUUAAAAUUUACAUGAUUUUUUAAGAAAGUACUCUCAAACGCUUGUUGCAAAAAGCAGAAAAUCGAGCAACUUCAAGCCUUUAAAACGCGUCUUGGUAUGUGAGAAAUCAUGUCAAACUGCAUGCUGGCACAAAGUUUGGUCCUUAUACGAAAAUAAUAUGAAAUAACAAAUUUGCCGGCAAAAUAAAAGAGUUUGCAAGGCACCAUGGCCAAGGUCAGGAAUUUGCAUUAUGCAAAUCAGUUGUAGAAAUCGUACUUGAGAGCUACGAAGAAAACAAGAUAGUUAAAGAUGGUUAAACAAUUAUUUGAUAUGGAAAUGAUAUGAAAUUAUACAAAAAUCCGUAGACAUUGCUGAAGAGGGCUGCAAAUUGAUGUGUAGAUGCGAAAUUUUCUGUUAAUUUGAAUUGCAGAAGACUCUGUUAUGGUUGACUCACUAUUUCAACAGCACUACCUUCACCUAACUAUAGAUAAGGGCCGCUGUAUAGUUCACCAUUUUUGUUGACUACGUGUUUAUUAUCGACACUAUUCUUAGUUGAAUGGCUAAUUUUUCUGCAACAGCGAUAACAUUUCGUUUGAAAUAUCUUGGAUAUCUUGAAAAAAGUCAUGUGAGUAAACAAAUUCAUGCAACACCGCAAGCUUCUGCUGUGUAGUUUUUAACCUAAAGAUAACAGCCCAACUAUUUUUUUUUUAUGCUAUUUGCUUUUAUUUUUUUUUGGAAAAUGGCCACAUUUCUGUCAUUAAACUUGAUAGAAAGGACUUAUGUCACGGUAGCAAUAUAAUUAUACCGUGUUGCAGUCUGGGCGAUAAUUCUCUAUGAUGCAAUCACGGUCUUUUUCUUAGAGGUAAACAAGCGCGAGGCUUUUCACAGAGCAUAUAAGGAAAACGAUGUCAUUCUGUAAUUUUGCUUCUCUUCUUGGGGGAGCUUGUGGUGCAAGUUGUGAAAAUCCAAACGUGGUUGACUUUGUCGGAUUGAAAGACUGUACUAGGGAAGUUACAGCUCACUUGAAGAGUUGUAACAUUUUGACGGAUGUUGAAAGCGUCAACAACAACGAAAGGAAAUUAUUACCAGAUUUUUUUUUUAUAUUACUUUAGUUUAAGGACCAAACUUUGUGCCAGCAUGUAGUUUGACAUGAUGUCACACAUACCAAGACGCGUUUUGAAGGCUUGAAGCUGCUCGAUUUUUCGCUUUUGCAACAAGCGUUUGACGGCACUUUGUUAAAAAUCAUGUGAAUUUUAAAAUUAAUACUCCUUAAAAUGCCACAAAUGAAAAUCAAAUAAAUUAUAUUUUGAAGAAAAAACACCCACAAUUUCUUACGAAACAUCCUCCUUCCGUACUAGCGCACUAAAGUUGGUCAAUUUUAAUAUAUUUUUUGCAUAAUUAAUUGGUGAAAACCCGAAUUUUCGUUUUUCCCCAUUUUCUCGGGCACAUUUAAUUUUUCAAACUUUGAAAUAAUUUUUUUGAAUAUAUCUCCCUUAGAGGGUUUUCCAGGCAAAUUAUCAGAAUUUUCGGUUUUUUUAGCCUGGCCAGCGGUUCUCGAUAAUUACAGUCAUGGGCGGUCCAUUAGUCGCUACACUUCAACAUAUCAAGGUUAUGAGAUUUCGUAGAUAUGGUAGAUUUCCUUGUAAUUCUGUACCUAGUUGGUUAUUGAAAAAGUUGUCAAAGGAUCGUCCAUUCGGAAUCGUUGAAUGAAGAUUGUUGUUGGUUUGAACUAAUGAUAAAAAAUAAAUAAAUAAAUAAAUAAAUAAAAAAUUAAAAAAAAACUAAAAAUAUUUCUGAGAGCAAGCGUGAAACGGAAUUCUAAAUCGAGAUUUGUAACAUUUAACCCGGCUAAAUGAUCCACUAUUGUAUGAAAAAUAUUUAGUGAUCUUGUUUUGGUCUCCUAAUGCUUGCUUGUUCCAGUAAUACAGCAAAAUAGAGAUAGCGUAGGUUCUCAGUGUCAAAGGUCUAAGUAUUUCACUAAAGCAUGGUCUAUUAUGUCCUAUUUGCACAUUCAAACCACUCAAGCCUUUGACUGAUUUGGCGCAUGAGCUUGUGUGAGAAUAGGUGUCAUCGAAUUAAUAUUGAAGCCUCUAUCAUAAUUAACCAAUUUAUGUUUGCAGUGUAGGCUAACGCAAAGGGGUAUUGCACUUAUGCUGUCUCUCAAGUUGAUCUGGAUUUUGAAAUUCCUGAACAGUAUGCGAGAAUGCAAAAUACGCACUGAAUUGCAUUUUCGUCUUUGCUACUGAACUUGAUGUGAAAAAAAUGGACCUUUUUUUUUCUCGGCGGGGAUGUAGGUAAUGAAGCACCAAGGUUUGACUUCAAGAGACAUCUUUACCUAGUAUGUCAGGUCAUGUAAUAGUACUUCAUUCAAAUUUCUUCUUAUUAACGUGCGUAUGUGCCUAUGAUUCACAAAAGAUAAGGCUGAGAAUUCCCUUCAGACCUGAUUAAAAGUUCUGAUAAAGUGGGUAAACAAAACGUACAAGCCAAGGUAGUCUAUUGAUUUCGAAAAUUUAUCCUUCGAAAUUCGUUUCUUUGAUGCUGAAAGUUACCAGACGACAUAUCUACACUGUACUUGAUAGCCUUGAUCCUUAAGUAAAGCCGCAACGUUGCCAUGUCUGUUGUCUUUACCAGGUGGGGUAUUUCAUUUUCUUCUAAGACUCAUUAUAAUUUAGUUCUAACAAAGCGUUUUAUUCUACAAAAUGACCUUUCGGACGACCUAAAAAAAAUUCUAGGGGAGCAUGCUACCUGUUUACCACUCCAAGAACUUCAUUUCUUCAGCGGAUAUCAAUCCGACCACCCUUACUAAUCCUGGAUCUACCCGAGCAGUAAAUUUACGCCAUAUAAUAAAAUUUAUUUCCUUUAGGUUCUGAUCUGCUUUUCCUGGCACUUUUUGUGACUUAUCAAAUUCUACCAUCAACGCGAGCACUCCCAAUAGAUUGCCAAAAGAACACAGCAGUCUGUUUGGAAGAAAUAAUGAAGGAAGUCACCCAAGUUCGAUUUGAGGUUAAAAUUCUCACGGAGAACAAAACAUUGGCGAAACGUAAGCACGAUUCCUCUUCGUUCAUAUGUGUUAAUACCUUUAUUAACAUUUAUUCAUUUCAAUUUUUAUUGUAAUUUUUCAUGAGUAUAUCAACUGUUAUUACGUUGUAUUUCAUCAACAGCUAAGAACUGUGUUGAACUCUACCAUUCCGGUCAAAGGAUCAGCGGUAUUUACACGAUCGACCCAGAUGACUCAGGCGCUUUUAAUGUGUAUUGUGACCAAACUACUUCUGGUGGGGGAUGGACAGUCUUCCAGAAGAGAAUGGAUGGCUCUGUUGAUUUUAAUCGCACCUGGAAUGACUACAAACAUGGCUUCGGUAACUUGGUCGGUGAAUUUUGGCUCGGACUGGACAAGAUAAACCGUCUGACACAAAACAUAACAAAGAACAUGCUUCGAAUAGAUCUGGGGGUAACUACGCGCCAAACUGUUCACGCUGAGUAG